UUGCCACCUUCAAUUGGCAACCUGAAAAGGAUUCAGACCAUUGCAAUUUACACAGCUCUUUUGUCUGGACCAAUUCCAGAAGAGAUUGGUAAUUGCAGUGAACUCCAGAACUUGUACUUGUAUCAAAAUUCAAUCUCAGGUUCGAUCCCGCGGAGUAUAGGGGAGCUUAAAAAGCUCCAGAGCUUAUUGCUAUGGCAAAAUAGCAUAGUUGGUGUGAUUCCUAAUGAGCUUGGAAAUUGCAAAGCUCUUACAGUUAUUGAUUUAUCUGAGAAUCUUUUAACAGGUAGCAUUCCUACUAGUUUUGGUGGCAUUUUAGGUCUUGAGGAGUUGCAGUUGAGUGUCAAUCAGUUAUCAGGUAUUAUACCUCCUGAAAUAUCUAAUUGUACUUCUCUGUCUCAUUUGGAAGUUGACAACAAUGAUAUUUCAGGCCAGAUUCCUAAUGAAAUAGGAAACUUAAAGAGCUUGACUUUAUUCUUUGCAUGGAAAAAUAAUUUAACAGGCAAUAUUCCUGUUUCCUUAUCUCAAUGUGAGAAUCUUCAGGCUCUAGACCUUUCUUACAACAAUCUUUUUGGUCCCAUACCAAAAGAAAUCUUUGCUUUGAAUAAUCUGACAAAACUGCUGCUUCUUUCCAAUGAUUUGUCUGGCUUUAUACCACCUGAUGUUGGUAAAUGCACAAACUUGUAUAGAUUCAGGGUGAACAACAAUAGGCUAGGGGGUACUGUUCCAUUGGAGAUAGGAAACUUAAGAAGUUUGAAUUUCCUUGACAUGAGUCACAAUCAUUUUAUGGGAGGAAUUCCUGCAUCAUUAUCUGGUUGUCAAAAUCUUGAGUUUCUUGAUCUCCAUUCAAAUGCAUUCACUGGUCCCUUGCCAGAAACCCUGCCUAAAAGCCUACAGUUUGUGGACAUUUCUGACAACAGGCUUACGGGUUCAUUAAGUCCAAGUGUUGGUUCUUUAGCUGAAUUAACAAAACUGAAUCUUGGGAAAAAUCAACUUUCUGGCAGAAUUCCAGCAGAGAUAAUUUCUUGUAGUAAGCUUCAGCUGCUAGAUCUUGGGUACAAUGGUUUCUCAGGUGAUAUACCUAAAGAGUUGGGUAAAAUACCAUCCCUGGAAAUCUCUCUCAACCUUAGUUGUAACCAAUUUACAGGCGUGAUUCCAAGUGAGUUUUCAGGUUUUACUAGACUAGGAAACCUUGAUCUCUCCCACAACAAACUCAUCGGGAAUUUAGAUGUUCUUACAAACCUUCAAAACCUUGUCUCGCUCAAUGUAUCAUUCAAUGACUUCUCCGGAAAACUGCCCAAUACCCAAUUCUUUCAUAAGCUUCCUUUGAGUGAUCUUACUGGAAACCAAGCUCUUUAUAUCUCUGGUGGGGACGUGACUCAACUGGGACCCGCUCGACGUGCCAAAUCAACCAUGAAACUUGCUAUGUCGAUCCUUGUCAGUAUUAGUGCUGUGCUAGUGCUUCUAGCCAUUUACACCUUGAUCAGGACACGAGCGGCCAAGUACAGAUCUCCAGAUGUUGAUACUUGGGAAAUGACUCUUUACCAGAAGUUGGACUUUUCAAUAGAUGACAUUUUUCAUAAUCUAACAUCAGCUAAUGUCAUUGGCACUGGAAGCUCUGGAGUUGUGUACAGGGUAAUGACCGAAAAUGGGGUUACUCUGGCAGUCAAGAAAAUGUGGUCAUCAGAGGAAUCAGGAGCGUUUAGUUCAGAAAUUCGUACUCUAGGUUCAAUCCGUCACAAGAAUAUAGUACGCCUCCUUGGUUGGGCUUCAAACCAGAACAUGAAACUACUAUUCUAUGACUACCUACCCAAUGGGAGUUUGAGCUCAUUGCUCCACGGUGUUGGCAAAGGAGCAGCAGAAUGGGAGACCAGAUUUGAUGUGGUCAUUGGAGUAGCUCAUGCACUUGCAUACUUGCAUCAUGAUUGUGUACCUCCUAUAAUGCAUGGAGAUGUCAAAGCAAUGAAUGUAUUGUUAGGCCCUAGAAUGGAGCCUUAUUUAGCCGACUUUGGGUUGGCAAGGAUUGUCAACACUGAUGUCGAUGCAGACUUGUUGAAGCAAAGCCAAAGGCCUCAUCUUGCUGGUUCUUAUGGCUAUAUGGCUCCAGAACAUGCUUCGAUGCAACGGAUCACAGAAAAGAGUGAUGUGUAUAGUUUUGGUGUGGUUCUCUUGGAGGUACUAACAGGAAGGCAUCCAUUGGACCCAACAUUGCCUGGGGGUGCACACUUAGUUCAAUGGGUGCGCGAGCACUUACAAAGCAAGCGCGAUCCAAAUGACAUUCUUGAUCCAAAGCUUAGGGGAAGGGCUGACCCUGAGAUGCAUGAAAUGCUGCAAACUUUAGCUGUUUCAUUUCUGUGCGUGAGCACGAAAGCUGAUGAUCGUCCAAUGAUGAGAGAUGUUGUAGCCAUGCUCAAGGAAAUUCGAAACGUUGAUCCUGUAGUGUCUGAAUCUGACCUGUUGAAGAAAAAUGCAAGUGUAACAGCUCUUCCAAAAUCACCUGGAACCAAGAAUGCGGAUUCCCAAUUAUCCUGUAGCUGCUCUUUUGUGUUUUCUGAUAACUCUAUCUCCAAAUAAGGCUUCAGCAUAGUGAACAAACUUGUGAAUAUGCCAUGUUUUAUAGCAGUAUGACUUAGAGCAGGUUAUAGAUUUUAAUUAUAAUCAUUUCCAUUCCUCAAUCAUGUACUCCUAGUAAGGGUGUUUUCAGUUUAGCAUUAGUAUUAUAGAGUGAAAUAUCAGUGCUCAUCAUUAUCUGAAAUUGGUUUUUUACAUA